AUGCGGCUUAAGUGCUGCUGCAGUUCUGAAAAACCUUUCCAGGAAGGUGAACUGGUGCUUCCGCAAGGGUGUUUGGAUCCUUUAGAUAAAAGUGAGCACCCAGUUGGGGCCACCUGGAAUUCCCGUCACUGCCUGAGGUGCACCUGUGAGGGCACGACCAUGUCGUGCUGUACAAGAUAUGGCGGUGUCGUGGAGGCCCCCGAAGGGUGUGAAGCAACCAUUGAUGAGGAGCGGUGUGAAUAUAAAUUACAUAAGAAGAAUGACCCCUUUGCGCCAUGCACCCCAUUUUAA